AUGUUCAACUUGUCAAAAUCCAAUUGCAAGAUCAACUGUCAAAGAGUCGUGAUCGUGCGCUCGGUGUUGGCUAAGCUUUGGAUCGACCUUUCCGAUUCGAUCGUCCAAUCCGACUGUGCAAACCGCUACAGCAACGUUGCUCAGCCGACUAAACUAUCAAUCCCUCAAACUGAGUGCGCUCAUUCUCGACUGGCCAAGUCCUACGUCACACGCUGCUUAGCCAAGACUUGCGGCCGAGUUAAUCUCAUAGCCUCAGAUCGGCAAGGACAUUCUCCUGUCUUCACCAUUCAGCUUGUGGGGCCGCGAGUAAUACUUCGUUUUCGGUUCAUUGGCACCAAUUUGAUUAUCAGUGUCUGUGUGAUAAGUCUGAUUGUGAUUCCGAUCUGUUUUAGAACUUGGUUGGGACACAUGAUAAUGGAAGCACAGAGACCCAAAAUCAGGAACAUCUUGAAAUCAAAUGCACGGCGGCAACGACGAGCGGCAGACAGGCAAUCCGAAGUCGCCUUAGAGAUUGAUGCCUCAUCAUACGUGGGUGAACGCGUGAUAUGGUCCCGACGGCGUUUCAAAAAGUGUCACUUGUAUCCGGCCAUCCGAGAUGAAAGGAAGCGAACACCCCGUCAUCCGACCGUACACGAGGUUGAAUACGCCCAGAAAAAGGCGGCUGGAUUCCGCAAGUUCACUCACGGCAAGGUUAUCAUCCGAGAUACCACACACGGUGGUGAAGUGAUUGCUGUUAUUGAAUUUCUUCCAUUGGACAAACUGUCAUCUCAGCAAAUGGAUGAAAUCAAUUUUGUCACAACUUACCUCCACCAGAUGAAACAAUUCGUCUAUCCAGUCGGCCCAUUGCGUACCUGGGGAGGCCGAAUGUGGGGAGUUGGUUGGCGAAAAUCCAUGUUGUCUGUCGAACUUUUUGGGCAGUAUGUAAAGUCCGCAGCAAUCAAACGGGCACCAAAGAAGUACUCCGAACUGGUUUCACGAUCGAGGAAAGUUGCGAAUAUCCUGGGCCAGAUGUUUAAGGAUCUUGGAGGUCUGGCAUUUGAUUCGAACCAUCAGAUGAUGCAGCAAAACGGCAUUCCUUCAUUCGGUCAACCGCUACAACCUUACGAUUGCGCACCUCAUAUCACAUUCACUUCACAUGGGUUCUUCAACGCCCCCCAUGUUGAUAGUGGUGACGCCUCUCAAUGGGCAUUUGCACUCUUUGUUCCGACUCAUGUUGUGGACGGGACAUUGGCCAGUGUUAAUGAUGGAUACAACGUGACUGGAGGAAGAUUUGUUUUCCCGGACCAUGACUGUUGUAUCGAUUUCGACCAAGUAAGUGUUGUGAAGCUCAUUUGGGCAGCGAACAAGGUCAAGCAUUGUACAUUACCUCCAACCGAGUCACCGAAGUUCACCAGGAUGGCACUAUCAAUGCAAAUACCAACGAAGUCAUCGAGUACUUGCAGUGCAAUCAGGUCAGGUCUCAUAUACCUCAGGGAUUCCUACAGGAACAAGAAGAACACAUAUAUUGGUGGUCAUCGAUGUACUUCUCAAAAGGUAACGCUGGACGAUGAAGCAGAGUUCGACGGGUCUAAUAAAUCACGCUUAUCUUAG